GCUCCUGGAAUGGAAAGGACUUGGCAUCAAUAUAAACGGCGAAUACAUCACACACCUUCGAUUUGCUGACGAUAUAGUAGUCAUGGCUGAGACGCUGGAAGAUUUGGGGCAGAUGCUCGGUGACCUCAAUAGAGUUUCCCAACAAGUGGGCCUUAAAAUGAAUAAGGAUAAAACAAAAAUCAUGUUCAAUGUCCAUGUUAAGCCCACCCCAGUAACUGUUGGGAACUCUACUCUUGAAGUUGUAGACGAAUAUAUAUACCUGGGACAGGCAGUCCGAUUAGGUAAGUCCAACUUCGAGAGAGAGGUCGGUAGGCGGAUCCAACUCGGCUGGGCAGCGUUCGGUAAAUUAAAAAAUGUGUUCUCGUCCAAAAUCCCUCAGUGCCUUAAGACAAAGGUAUACAACCAAUGUGUGCUACCAGUGAUGACUUACGGUUCCGAGACGUGGUGCUUCACAAGGGAUCUUUUUAGGAAGCUCAGUGUCGCGCAGCGAGCUAUGGAGAGGGCUAUGCUUGGUAUUUCUCUACGGGACCGAAUCAGAAAUGAGGAGAUCCGUAGAAGAACCAAAGUUACUGACAUAGCCCGUAGGAUUAGCACGCUGAAGUGGCAGUGGGCAGGCCACAUAGCGCGAAGAUCGGACGGCCGAUGGGGCGGAAAGAUCCUCGAGUGGAGACCACGUACUGGCAAGCGCAGUGUGGGACGGCCACCUACGAGAUGGACCGACGACCUGGUAAGAACCGCUGGGUCACGUUGGAUGCAGGUGGCAUCGGACCGGCCGCACUGGAGAUCACUUGGAGAGGCCUAUGUUCAGCAGUGGACAAUGGACAGGCUGAGAUGAUGAUGAUGAUGAUUAUCAGGUUCAGAACUUACUUCAGAACAGAUGAGUCGACUAUUAUCAAAGCCGGCAAUGUGACUUUUGGACAAUUGUUGGUAAAUCAGAAAAACGAAUUAUUGACUUUGUAUUCCAUUGGCAGUCACAAAACUCUUCUGAACGACAUCUUAGAUAAAUAACAGGUUAAGUAUUAACCUUUAUUUAAUGCAGGUUUUGAACCGUAUUCUUUGAAGGAGACGAUUAUAUUCAAAUCAAUCUGUAUUGACAUAUCAAUAACAUUUUUUUGUCCAAAUGCACAGAUUGCCACCUUUGAUAAUAGACGACUCAGAUUAUCUUUACAACGCAAUAUAGAAGAUAAGGAAACAAAUUUUCCUUAUAUUUAAAACAAUACAGUUUUGUUUUUAAAAGGGAUUCAGAUUUAUAAACAGACGAUCGUCUGAAUCGAAUUUACAAAGUUAUUUAAUUUAGUCAUAAUAAUAAAUGUGAGUUUUUGUUAGAUGUAGAGAUGCGUUUUAAAUUAUUAAUCGACUUACAAAAGAUACCGUGCAGUGAAUAAAUACGUUUUAUUUUGUUUAAAACUGAAUAUUAAAUACUACUUAACUACAAAAUUAACUAACGUAAAGUAUUUUAUGAAAAUACCAUUUUCAAAGACUGACUUGAAGCGUCGAUGUGAUUUAUUUGUUACUUGAUAAUAAUAUAUUAACUACGAUAUUACUGUGAACUUGAACAUACAAUGAAACUAUUAUUUAAAUCUCAAAAACCGCAAAACUUAUGUAGCAAUACCGAUUUUAAUAUUUUCUAAGUACUGCUCAAAACAACCGCGGCUGUGUAAAUAAAGUUUCUACGAACGAUAAUUUCGAGAAUACAUAAGUCUAUGCGAAUUGAGAGAAACGAAAUUUGUUAAUGAAUUUGUGAAAUUUCUUCUUCUAAUAACGAAGACACCGAGAAACAGUCAUGGUUCCAAGACUGCAAAGAUACGGUGCUUGUAAUGCACUCUUCCGUCAAUAUGAUCCUCAGCUGUUGGAUGCUUUUAAACUGGAAAUGUCGUACGGAAUCGAGCGAUUUUUUCUAUUGUCAUAUUGUUUGGCGUGCUGUUGGCCCGGUCUCGGAGCGAAGAAUAAUCUCCGCGUGGUGAGGCAAUGGGCGGAACUGGAGUUCGUGUUUCCGAACGAAGAAGCCCGGUCAUAUGCAUUAGAGAAACGAUUUUACGUACCUGGGUCCUCGGUGCCGAUUGAUGUCGAUGUGCAACAUAGGUCAGGUAAAAAAUCGCGGAUAUUUGUGACAAUACCUCGUUUUGACGAAGGACGUCCUGUGACAUUUGGAACUGUAGACGACGAGGGACGUAUCGUUGCCUAUCCGGAUUAUUCUUGGCACGAAAACCAGGGGCAAAACUGCGGAGGACUAACUUCUGUGUUUAGAGUUGCGAUUGAUGAAUGCAAUCGUCUCUGGAUAAUGGACGCCGGCAAGAUUGGAGAUACACAAUAUUGUCCACCUCAGGUCUUAGCGUUUGACCUGGCCACAGAUCGACUUGUGUAUCGGCAUGUCGUCAACAUAUCAAGUUACACUUCACCCUCUUUAUUUAUUACACCCGUGGUCGAUGUAAGACCUGAGUUCCCGGGAGAUUGCGCUAACACAUUCGUAUACGUCGCCGACGUGUCUGGAUUUGGACUACUAGUCUUAGAUGUGGCUAACGAUCGCUCAUGGAGGGUGACCAACAAAUAUUUCUUCCCCUAUCCUUCUCGAGGCACAUUUACUAUUGACGGAGAAUCUUUUGAUUUGAUGGAUGGAGUUCUUGGUAUGGCUCUGUCUCCAUAUCGCACAGGACGUGACCGUUUUCUCUACUUCCAUUCUCUAGCAUCUACAACAGAAAACGUAGUUAAAACUGAAGUGAUAAGAAAUAAUUCGUACCUUGUUGACCCUACAGUUGAUCCACAAGCUAUCGCCGAAUUUCCGGAAGAGCGUACUUCGCAAUCAGCAGCGGAAGCUAUGGAUCGAAACGGCAUUAUGUACUUUGGGCUCAUGAACCCUCCCAGUAUCUGGUGCUGGAAUUCAGCAACGGAAUUUUCUCCCAAGAACUUUUACAAGAUCGCUGUUGACAAAGAAACCCUGCAAUUUGCUAGUGGGCUAAAAGUGGUGAAUAAUAUCAAAGGGGAGCAAGAAUUGUGGAUUCUCACGUCCAGUUUUCAACGAGUAAUGACAGGCUCCAUUUCCUCCGACAGAAUAAACUUUAGGAUCCACGCUGAAAAGAUUCCCAUUAUCCUGGCCGAUUCUCCCUGUACUAAUCCCCCAAAGGAUCGGCACCCUGGUUACCAUGCAAAUAUUAUCGUUCGCAAUGGUCACAUUCGUGGUACCUACAAGUAUGGCGCUGUAUCAUUUCUGUAGAAAUAACUAUCUUGUCUGAAGAAUUGCUCAGGAGGUUUCAGUGGCACUAACACGGCCAUAGUUUAAAUAUUUAUAACCACUGCGUAUUUUAUGAACUAAGUUAUUGUUUUAUUUUGUACCAUUGAAUACGAUAAUAUUAAACAGACUGUUUCAGAAUA